ACGCGACUAAACACCUCUCUCUCUCUCUCUCUCUCUCUCUCACAGCACUCUCUAGGUCUGUGAAACGCCUGCCUCCGGGGAGAUGUGGCCGAGCGCAGAAGGAGGACCGCCGGAGGUCACACUGGAGACCUCAAUGGGCUCUUUUACAGUUGAGAUGUACUACAAGCAUGCACCGAGAACCUGCCGGAACUUCAUUGAGCUUUCUCGCCGGGGUUAUUAUGACAACGUUAAGUUCCAUAGAAUCAUCAAGGAUUUCAUUGUGCAAGGUGGCGACCCAACUGGUACUGGAAGAGGAGGAGAAUCCAUUUAUGGGCUGAAAUUUGAGGAUGAGAUUACCCCACAAUUAAAACAUACUGGAGCAGGUAUUAUAUCUAUGGCUAAUGCUGGACCUAACUCAAAUGGAAGCCAGUUCUUUAUUACCUUGGCACCUGCACAAUCACUGGAUGGUAAGCAUACCAUAUUUGGAAGAGUAUGUCGAGGAAUGGAAAUCAUCAAGAGACUUGGCAGUGUUCAAACUGAUAACACUGAUAGACCCAUCCAUGAUGUGAAGAUAUUAAGGGCAACUGCCAAAGAUUGAUAUUUGUUUAGUAACAGUAGCACCCUAGCUUUUUGACAGCAGCUAUGGAGAUGAUGCUAUAGUCAGCUGUACCUUGUGCUUCAGAGUUGGAGAAACUCCAUUGAUACUGAGACUUCAUUUCUAAGCAUAUUUUAAAACAUUUAAACUUUCUCCAGCCUGGCUUCAGUUAGCUUGUAGUCCUGCCAAUUGUUAUUAUCUGUAUGAAUGGUAAGUGAAGGCUUCCUAUUUGUGCUGUUAACCUAUACAGUUUCCAUGCCUGGAAUGCUCUUUAUUUUAAAUAUUCACACCAUAUUAAAAUCA